AUGAACAUUCUUUGCUCGAUAAAAUGUUCUCGUCGACGACAACCAAAACUCGUUGGAUUAAAUGAGAUUUGCCGCCGCCUGGCUCGCGCCGCGCCGCACGUCACCGCACCGCACCGCCCCGCGCCGCGCCGCACGUCACCACACCGCACCGCCCCGCGCCGCGCCGCACUUUCCGGCAGUUCGCCACGCAGAGAAUGCGUGAAGAGUGACGAGACACCGGAGCACGUACCUACUGAGACACCGGAGCACGUACCUACUGAGACACCGGAGCACGUACCUACUGAGACACCGGAGCACGUACCUACUGAGACACCGGAGCACGUACCUACUGAGACACCGGAGCACGUACCUACUGAGACACCGGAGCACGUACCUACUGAGACACCGGAGCGCGUGCCUACUGAGACACCGGAGCGCGUACCUACUGAGACACCGGAGCACGUACCUACUGAGACACCGGAGCACGUACCUACUGAGACACCGGAGCACGUACCUACUGAGACACCGGAGCACGUACCUACUGAGACACCGGAGCACGUACCUACUGAGACACCGGAGCACGUACCUACUGAGACACCGGAGCACGUACCUACUGAGACACCGGAGCACGUACCUACUGAGACACCGGAGCGCGUACCUACUGAGACACCGGAGCGCGUGCCUACUGAGACACCGGAGCGCGUACCUACUGAGACACCGGAGCACGUACCUACUGAGACACCGGAGCACGUACCUACUGAGACACCGGAGCACGUACCUACUGAGACACCGGAGCACGUACCUACUGAGACACCGGAGCACGUACCUACUGAGACACCGGAGCACGUACCUACUGAGACACCGGAGCACGUACCUACUGAGACACCGGAGCACGUACCUACUGAGACACCGGAGCACGUACCUACUGAGACACCGGAGCACGUACCUACUGAGACACCGGAGCACGUACCUACUGAGACACCGGAGCGCGUGCCUACUGCUCAAAUGCAGGCGUGGUUCCGUCCAGCGCAAGCCGACAUUGACUGCCGGCGACAUUCCAUUAUAUGGAGCUUCUAUAAAUAA